AUGUCUGAAAUCCAGCUGAAACCAGUCAAUGAGGGUGAUGUUCAGGAACUGAAAAAACGUAUGAAAAUGAUUGCUGAUGCUGACCCAAGUCAGUAUCACAAUGAGUUCUCUUUGAAAAGAUAUUUGAGAGCCUUCAAAAAUGUUGAUGAUGCAUUUAAGGCAAUUUUGAAAACAAACAAGUGGAGAGUAGAAUAUGGUGUUGAAAAAUUGACUGCAGAGUCUCCAGAAGUGAAGAACAAUCUGGAAGCUAACAAAGCAAGGGUUCUGAAACAUAGAGAUAUGUUUGGCAGGCCUGUUGUGUACAUUCCUGCCAAAAACCACAAUGCUUCCAACAGAGAUAUAGAGGAAUUGACCAAAUUCAUUGUAUACUGUUUGGAGGAUGCCUGUAAGAGAUGUUUUGAGGAGGUAAUAGACAAUCUGUGUAUAGUGUUUGAUCUGAAAGACUUCGGAAUCAGCUGCAUGGAUUAUCAAUUGGUGAAGAACCUGAUUUGGUUGCUCAGUCGUCACUAUCCUGAAAGAUUGGGAGUCUGUUUGAUAAUAAACUCAUCUGCUCUGUUUUCCAGCUGUUGGGCUUCUAUAAAGGGAUGGUUAGAUGAGAAUACUACUAGUAAAGUAACUUUUGUUGCUUCAGAAGAACAGUUAUGCAGUUACUUGAUACCUGAUAUCUUGCCCACAGACAUUUGA